UACAGCCCCUCAUAUUUGGGCUUUUCCUCUCCAUGUACCUGAUCACUGUGUUUGGGAACCUGCUCAUCAUCCUGGCCAUCAGCUCUGACUCCCACCUCCACACCCCCAUGUACUUCUUCCUGGCCAACCUGUCCUUUGUAGACAUCUGCUUCACGUCCACCACUGUCCCGAAGAUGCUUCUGAACACCCAGACUCAGAGCAAGGUCAUUAACUAUGCAGGCUGCAUUAGCCAGAUGUAUUUUUUCUUACUCUGUGCAGAGCUGGAUGACUUUCUCCUAUCUGCAAUGGCCUAUGACCGGUUUGUGGCCAUCUGUCACCCCCUGCACUACACUGUCAUCAUGAACCCCCAGCUCUGUGGAUUGCUUGUUCUGGUGUCCUGGAUCAUCAUUGUCUCCUUAUUUUACUGUACAGGCCUAGGAGUGUACCUCAGCUCUGCUGCUACCCAGAGCUCCCACUCAAGUGCCACAGCCUCGGUGAUGUACACAGUGGUCUCGCCCAUGCUGAACCCCUUCAUCUACAGCCUGAGGAACAGAGACAUAAAGAGGGCUCUGAAAAGAAUCGUUGGGGUUCCAGUGACAUAA